UGCACUGUCCAAAAGAUUAUUUGAAUUUGCAUACAACCGCCGCUUAUCUGCAAUGAACGGAAGAUGGUUUGGUGCAAGGGGUCCAGAAAGGGUUCUUUGGGAUUUCCUAGUGUUUAGAAAGGUCCGAGCAGUGCUGGGAGGUCAAAUACGUCUCAUUUUAUCCGGCGGUGCACCUCUUUCUGGUGAUACUCAAAGAUUCACCAAUAUUUGUAUUGGUGCUCCAAUAGGUCAAGGUUAUGGGCUCACCGAGACUUGUGCUGGUGGAACAUUUACAGAGUAUGACGAUACUUCUGUUGGCCGUGUUGGUCCUCCUCUUCCAUGCUCAUUCAUAAAGUUAAUAGAUUGGUCUGAAGGGGGAUAUCUUCUAAGCGAUAAACCAAUGUCUAGGGGUGAAAUUGUUAUUGGUGGUCCUAAUGUCACACUUGGAUAUUUCAAAAGUGAAGACAAAACCAACGAAGUGUACAAGGUUGAUGAGACCGGGAUGAGGUGGUUCUACACUGGCGACAUAGGACAAUUUCAUGAUGAUGGUUGCCUUGAGAUCGUCGACCGUAAAAAGGACAUUGUUAAGCUCUUCAGCACAGGGAAUAUGUUUCCUUAGGAAAGGUAAGUUGUCACUGACAAUG